UCGAGUUCGACCGAAGCCGCCAACCUGAAAUCAUCUCACUUUCAGAAGCCAUGAUUACCAUGACGCUAUCAAUAUGUGCUCCGAGUUGAAAAGUUUCUUUUUUGUGUGUGUACCGUUUUCAUCAAGAAAUUGUGCAAAGGAAACAAUAAAGUGAUUAAAAAAGUUAAGUAUCACUAAAGCAAUAUGCAUUUAAGAAAGUUUAUGCAUCCCAGAAACAAGUAUAAAGAGGAGCCUAAUUUUAAAGAAUUGGCUCUCUUGUAUCCAGAAUUUCGGAAGGUUGCUAUGACGGAUCUUUCUGGGAAAGUUCGUUUGAAUUUUAAAGAUGAUGAAAGUUUACGCGUUUUAACAAAAAUUUUACUCCGACAUGAUUUUGGUAUUGAAGUAGAAAUACCUGAGUCAAAAUUAAUUCCAGCAUUGUCACUUCGUCUUAACUAUGUUUUAUGGAUUGAAGAUCUGUUGAUACAUUCUGGAUUAAAUGACAUGAGAUUAGCUCGCGGAAUAGAUAUCGGCACAGGUGCUGUUUGUAUUUAUCCACUACUUUUUGCUAAAUUAUAUGGAUGUAAAAUGAUUGCUUCAGAAAUUGAUUUAGAGAGUAUAAAAUCUGCCGAAGAAAAUAUUAAUCGUAAUAAUAUGCAAGAACUUAUUAAAGUGAUUUCUGUACCAAAAGAAACAAUUUUAUCAAAAUUUGUAAACAAUGAGGAGAACUAUUCCUUUGUAAUGUGCAAUCCUCCUUUUUUUAAAACUGACCAUGAUUUAAAGAAAAUAAAUAAACGACUUCCACCGCGAAAUGCAUCUUCUGGGAAAGAAUCAGAAUUAAUUGUUGAGGGAGGAGAAAUAGCUUUUAUUAUGAGACUCAUUGAUGACAGUAUGAUAUUAAAGGAAAAAAUACAAAUUUACACUUCAAUGAUUGGAGUUAAAAAAAAUUUACUCUUCUUGAGAUCUGAAUUAAAGAAUCGUAAUAUUGAAAAUGUGACGUGGACGGAAUUUUGUCAGGGAUUUACUAAGAGAUGGGGCAUUGCUUGGUCCUUUUUACCAGAGAGCGUUUUAAAUUUGUCAACAGCACCAACAAUCAGAAAAAAUCCUGAGUAUAUGGAGAAGAAAAAAUAUGAAAAACCUCCAUUUGACAUUAUUUUCCCCCCUCAUGGAAACUUGAAAAAUCUUCAAGAAGUAAUUGCAAGUUUAAAAUCUUGUGUCAGAAAAUUAAAUAUUCAAUUGAAAGAGAUUCAGUUCGAGGAAAGGGAAAAUCUUUUUUGGGCAUGUCAACUGACAACUGAUCAUGACUCUUGGUGCCAAGCCAGACGAAAACGACGAAUGUCUUUGCAAUUGGAAAGUGCAUCGAAAAAAAUACGUAAUUCAGUAAAUAGUGAAUCGCAAUCUUUCUCUGCCUCCAAUAUUGUUACACAAAAGAAUGAAAAAACUUUAAGGUUAGAAAGCGAUGGACCCUUUUUAGAAUUUAUAUUGCUAUUGUAUUUAAUACAAAGCGAUGGUGAAAUUAAUGAGGACAAUUCACAAUUUAAAAUAUCGUUAAUUUUUGAAAGUGGAAGUGGAGGCAGAAAUGCUCUUGAAAGUUUUCGUCAAUUUUUGGUCAAUAAAUUAAAUGUUCGAGAAUAUUUUCAAAAACAAUUUAAAAGUAAAAAGAAGUAGAGAAAAGAUAUUUUAAAAUACUAUAAAAACAAUUUUUAUAACUUUUUAGAAAAUUACCAAAAACUGCAAUUUUCUGCACUACAUGUUCAGUAGUUAUGUGUUUCUAAAUUUGACUUGUACUUCAGUAGGAACAAUUCUCGUUAUGUAAAAAUAGAACUCUUCAGUAUUAUGCCAAAAAAGCAUUUAUUGCUUUAUGAACUCGAUUGUAUUUAUUUUGUUAAUAUUAUGUCUAAUAAUAAAUUUAGCAUUAUUAAAAAAUGUUUUUAUAACAAA